AGGACGUGAUGGCCGUGAUGCAACGCUUAUGGGUAAGAUAUAGGUUGUUUACCAUUUACAUGGAAAUUCCGGUGAUUCCAUACGGAAAGUAAAUGGAACAAGCAUAUUUUGAGGGCCCAACCAGAACUUUUCCGGAAUGAACGGUUUGUUUGAAAAGGUUGUCCUCAGUCGUCUCUUACCGAUUGGAACGUUUCCAUUUGUGAAUUUUGUUCCAUUUACAUAUUUUCUAUUUUUUUUCACCAGUUCCAGGCUCUUCACGCUUUAAUUCAAACCGGAUGGGUUUUCCAUGUAAAUGGUAAACAACCCUUCAGUGCCUUCCGGUCAGUCACUCUAAAUGGAAAGCGCAUAAUCCGAAUGAGAUUUUCUCUGGAUUUUCUACACGACAUUUUGCUUACCAUUAGCACAAUUUCAAAUUGGAUGGGUUUUCCAUGCAAAUGGUAAACAACCAUAAUAAUUGUUAUAGGUAUUAUAUGUUUCAUAUUUAAAUAAUAAACUGUAAUUAUAAUCAUAGUCAGUAAGUAAUACGAGCUUUUAUGCAAUCUGAGUGGUUGACCUACGGCUACUCGCCGUAUGUCAGCUGAAAUCAUUGAAAUGAAUAGAAUUGGAACGCUACGUUCAGAUAAACUGUUCAUCUUAUUCUUCAAAUCUAAUCUGACCCAGACACACGUGUUUAUGCCUCACGUGUUUAUGCCUUGCGUGUUUAUGCUUCGCGAUUCUUUCGCGUAAACAAUUAGAAAAAAAAACAAAAAAGCGAACAGGAAGUUUCACCUAAACAAAUGCACUGAUUAAUAGAAAGCUUUGGGCGCUGUUAAAAAGCCUUAUUUGUAAAUUUUAAUCCGGUUUUCAAAAAUACAUAUUCAUGUUGACGGAUUGACCGCGCUCUUUGCAUGCGUGAAAAGAUUGGGACUCGGCCUUCGAGUUUCGCUUCAAAUCUCCGGUUGGAGGUAGCGUUCCAGUUAUUUUCAUUUCACCGGCUCAAAAUCAGCGAGUCGCUACUCGCUGAUUUUGAAUAACAAAAUGGUAUUAUAUUGGUAGCACAACCACAACCUGUGAUUUUUGUGAAUCAAAAACGAGCAAAAUGUUUGGAAAACGCUAAAAGUUUUGAAAAUUACAAGCCCCGAAAGUGCAUUUCCAGCUCUUUCCCACAAUAAGAUAUAUUUCUGUGAAACACAUGAUUAACUGGAGAAUUAUUGAUAAUUCUUGUGAUAAUUAUCGUAUUGUAAAAGAACAAUUACACAAAUAUGCAACGGUCAAGUCGACCGUUACUCUUCUCUGAAAAUCACGUCAGCACGCUUAAAACUGCGACACUAUGGAAGAAAAACACUUUCAAAACCAAUAUCUUUCAUCUUUCAGAGCUGAUAAUAUUGGUUAAGCCAAUGACAGUGUCACGUAAAAAACGUGAAAUAUAUUUCAACCUUGCAUGCAAUGAUAGUAUAGCCAGCUGAACAUGCACGGCUAUUAGUAUUUAUUAUAGUACUAGUGUACCAAUUUCCCAAACCAAGCACGAAAGAGCAUAUGCUUCAGUAUCAAAACAAUAUUGCCCCCUCUCCCUCGCUUGCGCGGUCCCUGCAAGUUGCGACAAGGUCACACCGAUGUGGCUGACCAAACUAGCUGAGAAGAGUGUAUUAUUGUUGCAAUGAAAUAAAUGGUUUCUGUAAGACUAUAUCAUAGAACAAUUUUACCAUCCGCUUUUGUCGUAUAUGGCUGACAGACGACUCAGUGCGCGUAUUUUGAAUCGCUGCUACUGACUCAGUACUACGCCUCUCGUUAGCUACCAAUCAGCUUGAACUCAUUGUUAUAUAUUUGAAAUGUUAAUUGCUAACUAUAUAUUCUGUCAUCAAGAAUAUAUUUCACUUCCUCAGGUCCGCCAGGAAAGCGAGGUGAACGUGGACCAACAGGAACACCAGGGGUAAAAGGAGACUCAGGCGGUGUGGUGUACACUCGGUGGGGAAGAAGUGACUGUCCGCAAUCUAGCAAUACAACCAUAUUGUAUUCAGGUAACUGGUUUUCAAAUACUUACUAAAGGAAAUGUAUCGUGUAUAUUGUCACAUAUCUUCAUUUCAAGCACUGUUCACACGUGAUACAGACUGCUCUGCGAGUAUAUAGCUUUCGUUAAAUAUGUAGCGCAGGAUUGUGUAGAACUUAGGCUAUUACAUUUGUGAUAAAGCAAUUAAAAGUAAUGUAAAAUUAUAGCCUAUAACGUUCAUGAGUUUUUUUUAGGAAUAUAUUCUCUUGUACGCAUAUAGUCGGAGACCGGACUGACAAGUUAUAUUUCAGACAUUUUCAUUACUAUGCUUGUGAUGUCACUCUGAGUGUAUAUCCACACCAUGCAAGCUUGAAAAAUAUGCCUGGCCACGGUGGGAAUCGAACCAACGACCUUUGGAAUACUAGCCCAAUGCUCUGCCGACUGAGCUACGCGGUCAGGUCGGUUCGAGUGUGUGAUAUUUCGGAACAAAAUCUAGUUCCUUCGAUAUCAAUGUAAUCUAUAGUAAUACUUUUUUCUGUGUUGGUGCAAUGUACUCAGGUGAAUAUGAUGCUUGUGAUGUUACUCUGAGUGUAUAUCCACAGCGAGCAAGCUUGAAAAAUAUGCCUGGUCACCGCGGUGGGAAUCGAUCUACAACCUUUGGAAUACUAGCCCAAUGCUCUGCCAACUGAGCUACGCGGUCAGGUCGGUUCGAGUAUGUGACAUGUAUAUCACAUACUCGAACCGACCUGACCGCGUAGCUCAGUUGGCAGAGCAUUGGGCUAGUAUUCCAUGGGUCGUAGGUUCGAUUCCCACCGUGGCCAGACAUAUUAUUCAAGCUUGCCCGGUAUGGAUAUACACUCAGAGUAACAUCACAAGCAUGAUAUUCACCUCAGUACAUUGCACCAACACAGAAAAAACGUUUUUAUUACUGUUAUCAUUUUUAACAUAAAAAACAACAGCCAAAAAGCAUAUUGUAUCGAAUUCUUAUGAUAAAUAUCAGAGCCCAACAUAUAACUUAUAACAAAGCCAUUAAAACAGUUAAGAUUUUAAAGAAUUUUUAUUGUAACGUUUCGUCUUUAAUUUAAGACAUCUUCAGACUAGCUAGAUAAAAUUACAUGAGAUUUGAAUAUAUAUAAACUAAUUAUAAUCUAUUUACAAUUAGGUGUUAUGUUACUAAGGAUAAUAAAGGAUAAGAGGGUGUAUGUAUGACAGGACGAUACAAAUGAGGAAACAAAACAGACACAAGACAACGGCAAAUUACAGAAGGUUAAGCGGAAUAGAGCUGCCCUGGACGUUAAGAGAGGGCUUGAGUUUAGAUAUGAGAAGGCUUUCGUGAAUCAAUAAAGGAAUUUGAAGUCGUCAAAGUUGGCAGAGUGACCUGUAGUAUUUAAGUGAGAGAAAAUACUAGACAUGACUGGACUGGAUGACGGCUGUCCUGUUAUAGGAGUGAGUCCCAGGUGUUCCGAUACUCUUGCUCAGACACUUGUGAAUUAUUGAUUCACAAAAGCCUUCUUAUAUCUAAGCUCAAACCCUCUCUUAACGUCCAGGGCAAGCUCUAUUCCGCUUAACCUUCUGUAAUUUGCCGUUGUCUUGUGUCUGUUUUGUUUCCUCAUUUGUAUCGUCCUGUCAUACAUACACCCUCUUAUCCUUUAUUAUCCUUAGUAACAUAACACCUUGUAAAUAAAUUAUAACUAACUUAUAUAUAUUCAAAUCUCAUGUAAUUUUAUCUAGCUAGUCUGAAGAUGUCUUAAAUUAAAGACGAAACGUCACAAUAAAAAUUCUUUAAAAUCUUAACUGUUUUAAUGGCUUUGUUAAAAGUUAUAUGUUGGGCUCUCAUAUUUAUCAUAAGAAUUCGUUUUCCGCCUGGCAAAUCUCUGGCAACGAUAUUGUAUCCAGGUAAUUGGCAGGGCCGCCGAGAGGGGGGGGGGGGGAAAUUGCCCCGAUCCCCGAGGUGCCGGGGGUCCCUGGAAAAUUUUUGUUGGGCCCCAGUCUUUUUUGUGUGUUAAAUAUUUCUGUGCAAAGGACAAGUUAUCUGUUUUCUUGGGCUAAGUACCGAAAUUUGAAUAUCUUAAGUUUUGUUUUUUAUGUUUUAAUCAAAAUUGAAUAUCUUAAGUUCCGUUUUUAUGCAUACUUCUACACUGAAACUGCCGACUUUCAAUCCUGAAUUAUUAUCAUCGAUGUUUAGGUGUAAUGGGUGGAUCAUGGUAUCAACAUACUGGUGGUGGUUCAAACUAUCUCUGCCUACCAUUGAAUCCAAUAUUUGACAAAAUCACUUCUGGUAGUCAGGGAUACAGCUAUAUGCACGGUACUGAGUACGAAACAUCUAGUCAUCCUAACAUAUUUCCCAAAAACGUCCAUGACCAUGAUGCACCUUGUGCAGUCUGCUACACCGAGUCACGUGGUAGUCACCUGAUGAUUCCAGCUCGUAAUGUCUGUCCCUCAGGUUGGACCUUGGAGUAUAAAGGUUAUCUCAUGUCAGCAUAUCAUGGUCACAAAGGAAGAACCCAGUUUAUUUGUGUUGACGGGAACGCUGAAGGUACAACUGGAUCUCACAGUAGUCAAGAUGGUGCACUACUGUAUUUUGUUGAAAGUUCCUGUGGUUCUCUUCCUUGUCCACCAUACGCCAAUGGUAAAGAACUGACCUGUGUUGUUUGCACAAAAUAGUUCGAUUGAUCUCAGUGUAUUCUACUGUUUUUUAACAAAAUUUUUACCUUAAUCCUUUAGUAUAAUGCUGUUAUUUUAUGUAAUCGAACAUUUCAUUCGAAACUGAAUGUAAUUGCAGACUUUUAUAAAUAGAAUUGCGUUGCUUUUGGACACGAUGUUGUGAUCUGCACAUUCAUAUUACACCUUACAAGCCUGGUUCACACUACCAAUUUCGUCGGCGAUUUUUCUCCACCUGGCAAAUGUGAUCGAAUGACAUGCAAGCGACUGGAUACUUUUAUGUUCGAGUUCACUCAUUUGCAUCCGUCAGAAACACGCCGAUAAAAUUGCUAGUGUGAACCAGGCUUUUAAAACGGAAACGACCUAGUUUUUACAAAACCAUAGAUUUGGUACUAUAUCAUUUAAAAAAAGCUGGAAUUCCAGCGCUUAUUAACCACCAUUCAUAGAGAUUAACAUAGGCAAUUCAAAUCCUGCACUCU